GUGGAGUAUUUUAGGCAAAAAAGGAGUGGGAGAAAUACACGCAGAGCUCAACGCUACGGCGAGACCUAGCGUACCGGUCGCCCGUCUCCGGUGGCCUUCCCAUCUCACCUCACCGUUUCAGAGAACUCGCUCGAGUUUUCUUCCUUCCAAACAAAGGUGUCUCUUUCUAUCUCUACACUUAUCUCUCUCUGUUAUCUUUCCUCCUCCCUCUCUUCUCCUGAAGCAAAAUCCUCCAUUGAACCAACAACAAUUCUACUGUAAGCACAGACAAGCCUAUAUAACCAGUGAUGCUGUUGUUGCGCGCUGGCUGUGUAUCCUUUUUCGCCAAAACCCCAAUCCUCUUCGCAUACUCCACUACCCGCUUCCACCCUUCACUUUUCCACCACUGUUACCACUCCCUGAACCCCAUAAAUGCUAGAACUCGCUGUUUCAACAAACGUUUCUCUAUGAACAAACCGACCCACCUGUUAACCACCGCCGCCGCCGCCCUUAUUCGCGAGCCUUCUUCGAGCAAGUCGUCAAAGAAAGCCCGCUACGAUUCCCCCGAGGGCAAGCUUAGGGGGAAGCUGGACACCUGCUCGAAGAACGGGGACCUUGCCGAAGCCCUCCGGCUAUACGAUGACGCUCGGGCCAAUGGUAUUCCUCUGUCCCAACACCAUUACAAUGUAUUGCUGUAUUUAUGCUCUUCUUGUAAUGGAAAUGGCAACGGGAGUGAGAAAUUGGAUAAGGAUUUGGUGAAGUUGGGUUUAGAGAGGGGUUUUGAGAUAUUUAAGCAAAUGGGUAUUCACAGGGUUGCUCCGAACGAGGCUACGUUCACAAGUUUGGCGAGGCUGGCAUUGGCCAAGGAGGACCCAGAAAUGGCCUUUGAUUUGGUGAAGAAGAUGAAGGGUUGUGGUGUGAUGCCGAAAUUGAGGUCAUACGGGCCCGCGUUGUUUGGGUUUUGUAGCAAGGGGAUGGCUGAUAAGGCUUAUGAGGUUGAUGCCCAUAUGAGGGAAUGCGGGGUUUUGGCCGAAGAGUCUGAGCUUGUGGCUCUUUUGAAUGUCAGUGUUGAAGCUAAGAGGGAUGAUAGGGUUUAUGAAAUGAUGCAUCGUUUGCGGGCAGCAGUGAGGCAGGUUGCAGAAGAGACUGCUGGGGUAGUGGAGGAUUGGUUCAUGUCAGAAAGGGCUGUCAAGGUUGGGGGGGUGAGUUGGGAUGUGGAGAAGGUGAGAGAAGGGGUUGUGAAGGGAGGAGGGGGGUGGCAUGGGCAGGGGUGGUUGGGGAGUGGGAAUUGGAGAGUUGCAAGGACACACAUGGAUGAGAAGGGGGUUUGCCAAUCUUGUGGAGAGAAGCUUAUUUGCAUUGAUAUUGAUCCUAAAGAGGCUGAAAACUUUGCUACUUCAUUGACCAGUCUGGCUUGCCAAAGAGAGGUCAAGAGUGAUUUCCUGCAGUUUCAGGAGUGGCUUCAGCAGCAUGGUCCAUUCGAUGCAGUUGUAGAUGGUGCAAAUGUGGGGCUUGUCAGUCAACGCGAUUUCAACUUUUUCCAGCUUAAUUCUGUUGUACGGCAGUUGCAGCGAAUGAGCCCGUCAAAGAGACUACCUCUUGUAGUGCUGCAUAAAAGCCGUGUUACUGGUGGUCCAGCCCAGUAUGAUAAGAAUAAGAAGCUGCUAGAGAGCUGGAAUAAGUCUGGCGCGCUCUAUGCUACUCCUCGAGGUUCAAAUGAUGAUUGGUACUGGUUAUUUGCGGCUGUUAGUUGUAACUGUUUGCUGGUGACAAAUGAUGAGAUGAGGGAUCACUUGUUUCAACUCCUGGGGACUAAUUUCUUCCCGAGAUGGAAAGAGAAACAUCAGGUUCGAUUGGCAACUUCAAACGGUCGGCCUGAACUCCGCAUGCCUCCACCUUAUUCAAUUGUCAUUCAGGAAUCGGAGCAGGGCAGUUGGCAUGUACCGACUGUUAUAGGCGAUGAUCUUGAGACCCCAAGGCAGUGGAUCUGUGCCACACGGGCAAGGGACGCAUCAUCACGCUGUCUUUAAGUUGCACAAACUUUUUUUAUCCUCUUCCAGUAUUCAUGAAGGGGGAGGGACCUAUAUUUUAGUUAUUUUAACUUUUCUGUUUUCUAAUUCAUAUUCAGUAAGUUAUAUGAAAUAUAAGAUGAAUUGGGCUUC